AUGUUCGCGGCGGCUCCCGGGAUGCAGGACGCCUCCUCCCGACACUUCGCCGGCGGCGGCUUCUCGCCUCGCCGCCGCACCCCCCCGCUGGCGGCCCUGCACAGCAUGGCGGCCGACAUGAAGACCCUCUCCGGCGCCCCCCAAUACCCGGCGACGGCCUACCCGUCGUGCGCGUCCCCGACCGCCACGUCGCCCAGCCCGGGCGGCGCGGCGGCGGCGGCGGCGGGCCUCAAGUCUUCCGGCGGCGGCGGCGGCGGCGGCCUGCAGGGCUCGCCGCAGCUCAGCUCGUUGGCGACGCCCCACGGCAUCAACGACAUCCUCAACCGGCCCCGGGCGGCGCCGUCCUCGGUGGCCUCGGCCUCCCUGGGGGUCCUGAGCACCCUGCAGCCGCCGCCGCCGCCGCCGCCGGUGCCACCGGUGCCGCCGGCCGGACUCUACUUCUCGCCGGGAAUCGCCGCCGCCGCCGCCGCCGCGAUGGUCCGGUACCCCCCCAAGCCCCUGAGCGAGCUGCCCGGCUGCAGGACCCCCCUUUUCUGGCCGGGGGUCAUGCAGGGCGCCCACUGGAGGGACGCCCGCUUCGCCUGCUCGCCUCAGCAGAGUUGCGUGGUGCUGGAGAGCAAAGACGGCAAGCGCAAACACACCCGACCGACUUUCUCCGGACAGCAAAUUUUCGCUCUGGAAAAAACUUUUGAACAAACGAAAUAUUUGGCGGGGCCCGAGCGAGCCAGGCUGGCCUUUUCUCUGGGGAUGACCGAGAGCCAGGUCAAGGUGUGGUUCCAGAACCGUCGCACAAAAUGGCGGAAGAAGCACGCGGCCGAGAUGGCCUCCGCCAAGCAGAAGCACGACUCGCAGACCGAGAGGUUAAAGGUCAGCUCCGACUUGGACGCGGACGACGACUUGGACGACUACGACAAACCUUUGGACCCCGACCGGCCCCCCCGCCUCAACGGCCUCCUCCACAAGCACGCGCUCGUCGUCGUGCACGCGCCCGAGCGGGACGGAUCGUCCUCCUAAAGAAAAAAACGAACGAACAAAACAAAAAAGACUUUUGGACUUUUCACUUUUCUUGUAUAAAGCCUCCUUUUGGGACUGUAAAUAGAAGCAAACGCGCCCUCUUUUAUGAUUCGAAUUAUGAUUAUGAUUAUCAAUGUACAGGCACGUGAGCAGAACACGACAUUCAGUUUAAUUUAAUUCGUGUAACGUCAGCACUUUCACUCA